AGUGUGGUGAUUCACUGCGUCAACAAAAACUGCUAUUAAGAAGUCGUUUAGACAGCUUGUUUUGGUUCUGUAUGUAUAAUACUACGAUGUCUUGGUUUUCUGUUUCCCGUCGAGCACCCCCAAACCUUAAACUAACAUUAAAAUAAAGCGAUUUUAGACAUUAGACAUGCGUUUAGUCAAAUUUACAACAUGCAAACAAUCUGAUUAUUACACCACUGUAAGGUUAAUACUUUACACCACUUGCCUACCUACUGUUGUAGUGUAAGUAAUACUACUAAUAAUAAUAAUAUAAAUAAUAACUUGUAUGUCUAUCGCACCUUUUUAAAAUACAAGUAAACAAACAUACAUCCAGCAAAAAUACAUCCACUUAUUAUACACCGUACACAUAUGUGCAUAACACGCAAUAUAUAUAUAAUAUUACAGUUUGUGAGUAGCUUGGCACUAGAGGUAUUUUAUCUUUUAUCUUAUUUUGGGUGUGAUUGUGUCAGGGAAGCUUGGUGGCAAGCUGUCUCGAUCCUGAUUUGCUCUCAUAGUGGUUUUGAUUGGGGAACUUGGUUUUUGAAGCUACUUCCCCUGCAGACACCAUCUUUAAUCAGCGGCCUCACAUGACUCAGUUACAAAGUGGUUACUCAGUAAAACCAUGAAAUCGCAGAUAUGUCACACAAUGCGGUCUUGUGAUGGAAAAUGCACUGGUUGCUCAGUGGCAAAUGGGCUGCCAAUAUGAAGUGAGGAAGAGUGUGCCAUGAGGGAGUAAACCUUCCCGGGAGGUGCCAUGCUAGCCACACAGAUGCCCGAUACGUCACCCGAGGCUAAAGAUGUCAAACAGAUCAAAGAGAAGUUGGCACAGUCGCUGAAGGCCCUGCAGAAGCGGUAUGUAACAUCCGACGCAGUGGUUACCAGUGAAGACGGCGAUGCCAAUCUCCUCUGCUGUGCCCUGGAGGCCAUCUUCAUCCACGGUAUCAAGAGCAAGUACGUGCGCACCGAGGCUGGGGGCCGGAGUAGGAAGGGAGACCGAGGACCCCUCCCUCAGCCUUUCUUCUGGAGCCUCCUCAAGACCGUCACCCACCGUGAUGUGAUCACAGAGCUGGAGAAGAUCAGCUUUGUGGGCACGGACGUGGGGCGCUGCCGGGCAUGGCUUCGGCUGGCCCUCAACCACGGCCUGCUGGAGUGCUACCUCGCGUCGCUGUUUCGGGAGGACUCCAAACUGCGCGCCCACUAUCAGCCCAGUGCCUUGCUCCUGGACACCGAGGAGCGAGAAGUUCUGCUCAGCUACCUCCAGGGUCUGGCGUCUCUUACAUUCAACCUUUCUUACAAGUCAGCUGUCCUCAACGAAUGGACCACCACGCCACUGGCUCUCUCUGGACUUUGCCCCUUUCUCCAGGCAGAAGCAAUCGAACUGCCCCUCAAUGGCGGCGACCCUCCCACCGCCAAGUACAAAGAAUCAUGGGACACAGUCUCUCAGUCGUCAAGCUCAUCCGACGCACUGGAUAUGCAGAGAGGGUGCCCGGUGUUGCUGUCGGGGAGAGGGUCAGGGGUGUUACAAGGGGGUGGAACUCCCCUCAACUCAUCUAAUUUAAGCCUGGACACCACAGGCUCCUCUCAGCUCUCCUCCAGCUUGAGCUCUGACAGCCUCCUGCAGGGGCAGGACCCCCGCAGCCCGACAGGAGAGCACUGGUCUUCAUGUGACCUGGACAUGCCCAUCAAUGUUAGCACCAAGAGGCCACAGAAAGAUUCCCAGAAAGAUUUUCGGGAGAGCGGCCACUGCAGUCAGGACUCCAUGCGUGAAGACUCCUUUGUUUCCAGCACGGGUCCAGAUCAGUACUCCGAGACGGCCAUUUUCAGUGGUUCUGACAGCGAGACCCAGGGUCCUCCUACGCCAUCCCAAGACCAACCCUCAUACUCUUCUGUACUGUCUGACUCAGAUCCACCGCCAGCAGCCCUCGAGCUGCAAUCAUCUGAAGAGAAACAUGUGGACUGCUCUCCCUCUGAAGUGUGCAUUAGUGCCUCUUCUGAGUUGCCCUUGAACACAGACAUGCUCUCAACAGGCAGCGAGCCUGGGGAGUCUGUGGAGCCCGUAGAGGAAGUGCAUUCGAAAGGAGUUCAGGAGAGCACCAAGCCUGUCCAGGAAGAGAAACAAGCAGAGACCUCAGAGAAGAGCCCCUCGGAGCCUUCGGUGUAUCAAGGCCCACGUCGCUCUACCAGCGUCCUGAGCAGGAAGUUGUCCUCAGAUUCUCUGUCGAAUUCUCGUUGCUGGAUCUCUGAGGACGACAUCUACAAACCCCAUCUGGAGGAGGUGACGGACCAUGACGAGGCGCCUCCUGCUCCCACAGCUGAGCUCAAGGUCUCUCCGUCACCUCCCAGUGUCGUCCAUCGCAGACAAAUAGGGCUGUCCAACCCGUUUCGCGGCUUGCUGAAGCUCGGUCAUCUAGAACGACGAGGUGCAAUGGGAUUGUGGCGCGACUACUACUGUGAGCUGUCACCCUUCGAGUUCCGCCAGUAUCUGAACGCAGAGGAGCGGACGUGUUAUGACAACUGCUCCCUAGUGCGAUGCGAAGACGCUCGCAUCUCCUCCACUGAGGGCCGCUUCGAGUUGGCCUUCCCCGGGAAGCGACUGUACCUCCGGGCAGCCAAUCGCGACGAAGCUGAGGACUGGGUGGACCGGAUAGUGGAGGCCGUCAACAAAUGCCGGCCAGCAUCUCGUGCUGAUGAGCAGUGGGAGGUGCUGCAACCCUCCAGUGAGAAUGGUGUGGAUGUGUCGACCCCGUCCUCCACCCCUUCCAGUCCCGAACGAGGUUUGUCAUCCUCUGACUCUGGGACAUACGGGCUACAGGAGGCUCCUCCUCUACAGGACUUUGACUGGACUCGGACUGCUGAUUUGGAAACGGAUGCCAUCAAAGAAGCUGUUUUGUACUUCUCCGUAGAUCCUGAGGCUCGGACUUGGGUACCUCUGGUCUUCUCCCUGUCCUUAGAGACCUUGAAAGGCUUUCGUGUACAGGAGGGAAGGAAGUUGAUGCGGCAAAACCACGCUAUUGAGGAAAUCCGGGACGUGGUGCCUGACGUCUCUCAGGGAGGACCGGCCUUUUUCAAAAUCCUGACCGUCAGGGAGACGCUUCGACUCAGGGCGGAGAACGCAGAUGAGGCUCGCUCUUGGAGGAAUUUGAUUCGUGGAGCUCUGGACUCCUACCUGGAGAGCGGGGAGGAUGGUAGCUCUGGGGAUACAGCUGUAGCAUGCCUCGGGGGGGCUGGAAAUCUCCACAGACUGGUGCAGCACAGACUAAAAGAAGAUGGAGCGCUUCUAGUUCAUCUGUGCACUGUGCCUUCAGAAAAGGGGCUGGACACGCAGAGCUUUAAAUGUGCAGGGUGUCCUCAGCAGAUUGGCCCGUCCCGUGGCAGAGCCAGGCUGUGUGAGUUCUCGGGCCAGUACUACUGUGACUCCUGUCACCACGGAGACACCACUAUCAUCCCUUCACGCAUGGUACACAACUGGGACCUCACACAACGCGAGGUGUCUAAGAAGGCCCUGUGGCUGCUGGCCCAGGUAGCACAGGAGCCUCUGCUGAAUCUGGAGCAGUUGAACCCCGAGUUGGUGAAGCAUGCAGAGUCCAUGGCUCAGGCCCACAGCCUGCGGCAGAAGCUACGCCUGCUGGGCGACUACCUGCUCACCUGUCGCAGCGGAGCCUGCAAGAAACUCCAAGCCAGAAUGGAGCAACGAACGUACCUGUUGGAGUCGAGCCACCUGUACAGCGUCAUGGACCUGCGACAGAUAGCAGAGGGCGAAUACGGAACCUACCUGAUGACGCUAUCGCAGUACGCCUCCAACCACGUGUUCCACUGCGACCUGUGCACUCAGCGUGGCUUCAUUUGUCAGAUAUGCCACGCCAACGACAUCAUCUUCCCCUUCCAGUUUGACAGCACCACCAGGUGCAAAGACUGUAAAGCCGUGUUUCACCUGGCCUGCAAGGCUCCGGGGAUCUCGUGUCCUCGCUGUCAGCGAAUGAGGAAAUACCUUGAGAGGGAUCUGCAGUUCUGAGCGCAGCUUGUCUAACAGGCCAUCCCCCUUUUCAGAAAGAUGGAAGACCGCCGAUGGGGAGAAAAAUAAUAAAAUCUAGCUUUUACAAUGAAGUAACCUCAAGUGCAAUUAUGAGUGCGAUUUGCCUGCCCUAACUGACCUUAAAACUGAAGAGGAAGGUGCUGCAGUAGCUUGACUCUCUUGCACUAAUGUAGAGGCACAUUGAGCCUCAUAUUGCUGACAUAAAGCAGCCAAAUGUUACCGACCAGUGACAGUAAUACCUCUCUGAACUCGGAUUCAGCCAUGCCAUCAAACAAAGGACUCAACGGCCGCGAAAGGUUGCUGCCAAGACAUUUUUACAUCAUCGGUUUUUACUUUGUCUCAUUGUGUCGAGUACAACGUUCUUAACCAUCGUGUUUACCAGAAAUGCUCCGUAGCACACUCAUCAUAUGUCACAUAUUUAAACGUAACACAGCAGUGGGGUUGGGUACUGUACAUGCUAAAUAUCUAAAACAGCACUUGAAAUGUUCUAACAGAUUUUGAUUGUGCCUUCUUAUUAAUUUAAGCUUUACACCGUCUUCCUCUUGUCUUUCUUUUGUGGCCAAAAAUCAUUAGGCUGUUUUUUUUCCAUAACCACAAGAUGAAAUUAUAUUGCUGCAUUAGAUACUGAUUUGUGUAAAGGUAAAAAUCAGUCGCCAAGAAGACUUUGUGGAAUGUUUCUCUCUUAAAGUUUAUAAAUCUUAAUAAUAGGCGUUGAGAUGUUUGAUUUAAAAUCCAGCUCUGUAGUCCCCGAAAGGUUCAGAGAUUUAAAGAAUAUAUUUGGUAAAACAAUCUGUUAUGCUCCUCGUGUGGUGAGCCACGCUGAUAUAACCUAUAAAGUUGCUGAAAUAAAUAAACAAUACAUGCGUGGCAGAAUUUGUAAGAUGUGCAAAUUACAAUAAGAUUUUUGGGAUAAAUUAUUGGAUUUCACUGAUCGUGAAGUCAAAAUUCAUUUUGCAUAUUUGCACUUAGCUAUGACUGUUAAAUUGAUAUUUCAACUAUAAUUUAGUUGUGAUAUCUUCUAGCACGUAGAAUUACUCCUAAACCAACAAACAAACCUGCAUUGCUGACAUUUUUCUCUAUUUUUUUUUUUCAUCUCUUGAGUAUUUGACUCUGAUGUAGAGUUGAACUCACAGCAUUAACAUAUCUAUAGAUUUUUUUAAUGCAGAAUCUACAGAGAAGAAAACACAUUGAAGGAUUUACUUAUGAAGUUCAUUUUAAUAUAUGCAGAACACAUCACUUGCAAGUGGCAAGUACAGAAUACUGCAGUACUGUUAUUCCUCGUUUGUAUUUUUUUUUAACUGUCAUCUCAUUUAUUAUGUAUAAAUGACUAUUAUGAAAUAA